AUGUCUAUUCCAUUUUCAUCUACAACUACUGCAAUAAGACCACCGAAUCAUAUAUCGUCAUUCAGUUUUGAAAGCAUAUCAAGUACAAAUAACAGUCGAUCAAAUAGUAUAAACAGUUUAUUGUAUUUAAACUCAAGUAAUUCAAGUAUGGGAUCAAACCCUGCCCAAUCCCCAACUUCUAUUGCUGCAACCGCAACUCCUUCAAAUACAAUUCAUCAUCUGAUAUCAAUGUCCACCACAACAACUACAGCACAACAACAACAACAACAACAACAACAUAGUCAUAAGCAACAUGGGGUAAUGGAUGAAGAUUUAGAAGAUCCUAGUCAAGCUGUGGUACCCCAACCAAACCAAACCCCGACCUUGAUGUCUACCGCGUCAUAUACUUUACAAAGACCACCAGGUUUACAACAUAAUUAUCAAUCAUCAAUAUCGUCUGUAUCAUCGACUAGUUCGAAUUCAACCAAUUCAUCACUUUCACCGGGUUUAAUAAAUUAUUCCCCAAAACAUUCUCGAAAACCAAGUUCAUUAACUAUGAAUAGAAAUAUGAAGAAUUUAUCUUUAAAUUUACAAGAAUCUACCAAUGGAUAUACCAAGAAUUUACCAAAAUUGGCUUCAUCUAAUUCAACUUCUUUCCUAAUGAAUAAUAAUAACAAUUCGAGACAAAAGAUACCCAACAUUGAGUCACCAAUAAAGAAGAAUAUGACCAAUUAUUAUAAUUUAGAUUAUACAGCAUUACAAACUCCUACAAUAACGGAAACCCCAAAAAUGCCCCCAUUAUUACAACAACAACAAGAUCCUCUAAGUGCUGGUUCACUGUAUAAAUUCCCUCCAAUCAUUAGUAAUCAUCAUAACAUUAAUAAUAGUAAUAGCUCGUCAGUGAUGGGGUUUUCUAAUGGUGGUGAUUCUGAUAGUGAAGUUGGAUCUGUUUCAAUGAGAAGAAUAACAAAAAAUAAUAUCUUACCUCCUGCUCCUCCUCCAUUUGCAUUACAAUCUAAAUCUUCUCCAUUGUCAACUCCUCCAAGACUACAAAGUCCUUUGGGAGGAUUGGAUAAUCGAAUUGUUGUUGAAUCGCCUACACAUUCAAUAGGUCAAAGAUUUAAUGGAAUUUCCAUAAGCUCACCUGCUGAAGCUGCAUUUAAUUUCAAUUCUAAUUCAAAUACUACAACCACCACAACCAUGUUGAGUACACCACAAAAUUUGGUUUAUAAUUCAAAGAAAUUUCAUGUUCCUGAAGAAUUGCAAGAACUGACAUCUAUUAAUGCAUAUCCAAAUGGACCAAGAGGUGUUCUUGAUAAUUUAAUUUAUUUAUAUUCGGAUCCUAUUGAAGGUAAUUUAGAUGUUCGACAAUUUAAUUUGGUUAUUAAUGUUGCUAAAGAAUGUAAAAAUUUAACCAGAAAAUAUGGAGAAGAAAUUUCUGGAGAACGGGAAUAUCAUUAUAUACCAUGGUCACAUAAUUCAUCAAUAUCAAAAGAUUUAUUUGAAAUUACUUCAAAAAUUGAAGAAUUUUAUAAUAAAGGAUUAAAAAUUUUAAUUCAUUGUCAAUGUGGAGUUUCAAGAUCAGCAUGUGUUGUAGUUGCAUUUUUCAUGAAGAAAUUUCAAUUGGGAGUUAAUGAAGCUUAUGAAUUAUUGAAGAAUGGUAAUGAAGAAAUGUAUAUUGAAGCAUGUGAUAGAAUAUGUCCAAAUAUGAGUUUAAUAUUUGAAUUGAUGGAAUUUGGUGAUAAAUUGAAUAAUAAUGAAAUUAGUACUCAACAAUUGUUAAUGAAUAGUCCACCAACAAUAAAUUUAUAG